GCCCACUUCACCUGGACACUAACUAUGGGGUGGACAACUCUGUGGUUGUGUGUUCUCGCUCUGCCACUAACGAGCACCAUCCAGAUGAAAGCCAAGAAAGCGCGCCUGUCCAACCAUGUGAACAGCAUCUGCAGCACCUGGGGCAGAGAGCACUUCAAGACCUUCGAUGGAGACGUUUACCAGUUCCCAGGGACGUGUGAGUACAACCUGGCCUCCGACUGCCACUCUGAGUCCUACCAGGAAUUCUCUGUGCACCUGAAGAGGAACGAGGCUACUGAGGCUGAGGGGAACCCUACGGUCAAACACGUAGUGGUCACUAUCAACGACCUGGUCUUCCACCUGACCAAGACUCAGGUCGCGGUCAAUGGAGAAAUUGUAACUCUGCCGUACUACAAUGGAGGAGUCCAACUGGAGAGGAAUGCAGUUUACACCAAACUCUACUCCAAGGUUGGCCUGGUUGUCAUGUGGAACGGAGAGGAUGCCGUCAUGGUGGAGCUGGACACGGAGUAUACCAACCGUACCUGUGGUCUCUGUGGAGACUUCAAUGGCCUUCCAGUCCACAAUGAGUUUGUUCAUAACGGUCGUAAAGUGAGCCCCAUUGAGUUUGGAAACAGACAGAAGGUCCACAGGCCCAACGAGGACUGUGAAGACCCCUAUGAAGAGGAAGAGGAAGAUGAACCUGCAGACGUUCAGCCUAAAGAGGACACAUGCAAGGAGUUUCAUGCCCAGUGUGACCAGCUCCUGCGCUCGCCGUUGUGGAGCUCCUGUGGUGCGGUCGUGAACCCUGACCCCUACAUCCAGGCCUGUGUUCAGGACCUGUGUGGCUGCAGCAACACUUCUGAUAGCUUCUGUGUCUGCAGCACCCUGGCAGAGUACUCCAGACAGUGCUCCCACGCCGGGGGACAGCCACCCCACUGGAGAACAACAGCCUUCUGUGACAAGCAGUGUCCGUUCAACAUGGUCUAUCUGGAGAGUGGCUCUCCCUGCAUGGACACCUGUACCCACUCAGACACCAGCUCACUGUGUGAAGAACACCUGAUGGACGGCUGCUUCUGCCCCCACGGGACUGUGUUUGAUGACAUCUCAAAGAGGGGGUGUGUCACUCAGGACCAGUGUCAGUGCAAACACGACAAGGUUUACAACUCUGGAGAAGUAUUCAGACAGGAUCGUGAGGAAUGUGUCUGUCAUCAUGGUCAGUGGUCCUGUAAAAGUCUGCCCAGCCCUGCUACAUGUGCCGUUGAGGAGGGUUCACACGUGACGACCUUCGAUGGGAAAGCAUUCACCUUCCAUGGGGACUGUUACUACCCCUUAGCCAAGGUGGAAAGCAAGGAUGAAACCAGUCCAAAGUUCACUGUACUGGUCCAGCUGGUUCCCUGUAUAAGACAGAAGUUUGACACUUGCCUCAAGAGUGUUGUGGUCUUGCUAAACAAUGAUAGAAACAACGCUUUGGUGAUUACCGCCGAUGGGAAGGUCAGCCACAAUGCACAGAUCACUCUGCCUUACAACACAGCUGACAUCAGUGUGUUCAAGCCCUCGUCCUUCCACGUGAUGCUCCAGACCAGCUUUGGGCUGCAGGUUCAGAUCCAGCUGGUCCCUAUCAUGCAGGUCUAUGUCACCCUGGACGAGAGCUACAAGACCAAGACACAAGGUCUGUGUGGGAACUUCAACAAGGUUCUGUCUGAUGACAUGAAGACCCCCCAGGGUAUGGUGGAGGGAACAGCCUCUUCAUUUGGGAACUCCUGGAAGGCUAAUCCUACCUGCAGAGACAGAGAGGAGAGGCUGGACGACCCCUGCUCCCUCAGCGUGGAGAAUGAGAACUAUGCUAAACAUUGGUGCUCCAUGCUAAGAAGUUCUGACAGCACUUUUGCCAAGUGCCAUGCCAUGGUGGACCCCGAGCUUUACUACAAGCGAUGCACGUACGCUAGCUGCAACUGUGAGAAGAGUGAAGACUGCCUGUGUGCCGUCUUCUCCUCUUAUGUGCGAGACUGUGCUACCAAGGGAGUGGUCCUGUCGGGCUGGAGAGAGAACAUGUGUGACAAAUACAUUGGUCACUGCCCAGCGUCUCAGACCUACUCUGACCAGCUCCAGAGAUGUCAGCUGACCUAGCUCCUGGCCAGCAAAAACCAGGGUUGUACCAACGACUCUCCCGUGGAUGGUUGCUCUUGCCCGGACGGACUCUACAUGGAUGACAGGGGCACCUGUGUACCCAUGGACAAAUGCCCUUGCUUCCACAACGGGGUCCACAUCAAGCCUGGGAAGUCCAUCAACAUUCAGGAGGAGCACUGUGUCUGCAACAAUGGGAAGCUUCACUGUCGUUCCUGGAAGAUGCGUUCAGAGAGUACCUGCCAGUCGCCGAAGGUGUUCUUGAACUGCUCCAAUGACCUGGGAGUACAGUGUACACGGAGCUGUAGGAACCCGGAUUUCAUGGACUGUUUCUCCGCAGAGUGUGAGUCUGGGUGCAAGUGUCCCAUGAGUCUGUGGGAGGAUGGGAAAGGCAUGUGUGUGAAAAAACAUGAAUGCCCGUGCAGCCAUGACGGAUUCCUCUAUGCCCCAGGAAAACAGAUCCCAAACGGAUGUAACACUUGCACCUGUAAGAGUGGGAAAUGGGAGUGCACAGAUAAGAAGUGUCCAGGAACCUGUACCAUCUAUGGCAGUGGCCAUUACAAAACCUUUGAUGAGCGCACGUAUGGCUUCCAAGGAAAAUGUGGCUAUGUGGCUGUCCAGAACAAAUGUGGGAACCGGCCUGUCCAGGACAAAUUCAUGGUGAUCACAGAGAACAUACCGUGUGGAACCACAGGCACCACUUGCUCCAAGUCUGUCAGGGUUCAACUGGGGAGAACAGAGCUGAAACUAUCAAAGAGGACCCAUGAAGUGGUGGACCUAGGCGUGGGCUCUCAGAUCCAGUACCGAGUGAGGACCGUCGGUCUGUACCUGAUUGUUGAGUCAGACAUCGGGAUCGCAGUGCUGUGGGACCGCAAAACUACCGUCCGCAUCGUCCUGGAGCCACAACAUAGUGGAGCAGUGUGCGGCCUGUGUGGGAACUAUAAUGGAGAAGGCAGAGAUGACUUCACCACACAAGGUCAGAUGAUAGUUAGCAGCCCUGUGGAGUUUGCUAACAGCUGGAAAGUGUCAAGCACUUGCCCCGACGCAGAAAGCAACGUGGACCCAUGUGGAGCCAGACCCAACCGUCACAACUGGGCUAAGAUGCAGUGCAGCAUCAUCACAGGAAAGACUUUCCAACUGUGUCACAAGAAGGUAGACCCUAGUCUGUACUUUGAGAACUGUGUGAAGGACUCCUGUGCCUGUGAUAGUGGUGGAGACUGUGAGUGUUUCUGUACAGCUGUAGCAGCCUACGCCCAGGCCUGCACCGAAGCUGGAGUCUGUGUUGCAUGGAGAACACCAGAAAUCUGUCCUGUGUUCUGUGACUACUACAACGAUCCAGGUGAAUGUGAAUGGCAUUACAGCCCUUGCCACACACCUUGCUUCAAGACCUGUCUGAAUCCAAAUGGGACCUGUGACAACCCUCUUCCCAAUCUGGAAGGUUGUUACCCACAAUGCCCUCCAGAUAGGCCAAUAUUUAAUGAAGAGACUGGGGAGUGUGUUGAGGAAUGCACAUCAACAACAACCCCAGGCAACCACACCAACACCAACAACAACACCGUGGACACCAACAACUACCACAUUGACAACAAAACCUCCAACAACAACACCAAUGCCACCAACAACAACACAAACACCACCAACAACCACAUCACCAUUAACAACACCAAUGCCACCAACAACAACCACACCAAAGCCAACAACAACCACACCAAUGCCAACAACAACACAAAUGCCACCAACAACAACAACCACACCAAAGCCAACAACAACACCAAUGCCACCAACAACAACAACCACACAAAUACCAACAACAACCACACAUACACCAACACCACCACCAACAACAACAACACCAUUACCACCAACAACAACCACAACAAUACCAACAACAACAACAAUACCACCAACAACAACAACAAUACCACAAACAACAACAAUACCACCAAUACCAACAACAACAACAACACCACCAACCACAACAAUACCACCAACAACAACAACCCCAAUACCAACAACAACAACACCAAUACCAACAACAACAAUACCACCAAUACCAACAACAACAACAACACCAACACCACCACCAACAACAACCACAACAAUACCACCAACAACAACAACCCCAAUACCAACAACAACAACAACACCAAUACCAACAACAACAACAACAACAACAUCAAUACCACCAACAACAACCACACAAACACCAACAACCACACCAAUUCCACCAACAACAACAACAACCACACCAAUACCACCAACAACAACCCCCCAGACACCAGAGCCAACAACUACUCCUUGUAUUCCUACCUGUGAGUGGUCAGAAUGGUAUGAUGAAGAUGAUGAUAAAGACAAGAGUGACUGGGAAAUGUAUUGGAAUAUCACGCAGAGUGGAAAA